CAUUGUCAAUUGUGAAUACCUAUGUAAAUGAUGAAGAAAGAGCAAGGCGUGCUUACAGAAAUGGGCAUGGUAAUUAGUUCUUCAUACAUGGGCCACAGAUUGACCCAACUUUGAGCCCAUAAACCUAGAUUCUCUGUCCAAUCAUCUGCACCGGCGAAACUUUGAUUAUCCUGAUGAGUUCUUGUCUUGAAGAGUGAAGACCAUCGAGCGAGCGAGAGAGAUGGGGGAAGCGAGAGGGAUGGUAGGGGAUAUAGAGAAGAUGAUCGCAGUGGGCCUCGUAUGGGGCGCGACAAAUGCUAUCAUGCGCCGUGGUGCUCUUAUUUGGGAUCACGCUCUCAAAUCUUCGUCCUCAUCGAAGCCACCUCGGCACUGUACAACUCUUCCCCAGAGAUGUCUUUUUUCUCUGGGAAAUUGGCUCAAGCUUCUCUCGAUCUGGCAGUACACUAUCCCCUUCUUGAUUAAUCUCUCUGCCUCUGCUACUUUCUUUGCUAUUCUCAGUGACGCCCCGAUAUCGCUGGUUGUCCCCGUCACCAAUGCGACAACAUUUGCCGCCACCGCCGUGUUUGGUAUGCUACUUGGCGAAGAAACCCACGUCCCUCGAGCUUUGUAUGUUGUAUGGUCCUGAAAUCAAUGAGCUAGAGGACGAGCUUCUGCCUGGGUUGCUUCUAUAAUAUUUGGGGUUUUCUCUUUUCUGGAGUCACGGAAUGUUACAAUUAAGUUUUAUGUUUGGUUGCAUUGCAGAGGAAUACUAGAUAACAGAAGUUACAAUGCGUGCCAAUCUAGUAUUAACCCUAUUAACUCAUUCUCUUUAUGUGAUGAAAAGUUGAGAGGAAAUAAAAGGAGUUCAUUAGAAAGCCAUGAAAAUUACCCUGAACGUCGUGUAAAACUCAAACCUUGUUCCUUGCUUCGGGUUAAAUAAGCAAUCCCCUUUCUUCAAUAGUUGUGCAGAAGCUUACUUGGCAGUGAUAGAUCGUGGAAUUAGAGAGGUAUGAUUGUUUUUACAAAAUUGAGAAUAGUGAACUAGUAUUUUCUGGUAGUCCUUGUGAUUCUAGAUGUAGGAUAUUUAUUCUGAUUAAGAAAAUUAAAUAGGGAAGAAGUUAGUUAUUUGAAAAAAAAAAUGUGUUAAAGUUUUCCUUAAGGCCUUUAAUCAUUUACUCAAUGUAACUUAUGUAUCAUACAUGAAUCAAACCAUAGGGAUAGUUUGAGAAAAAAAAUAAUAAAUUAGAUAUGGAAGACAAAGAAAAUUAAGGUCAUAAAUUCAAGGCUAGAACAAAUUCUCUAACUAGCUCUUACAUUUAGAAUUGAAGGGAAUAAUAACAUUCUACCUUCAUAAAUGCAGAAGCUAGAUGAUGAUUCACACAUAAUAAGAAAUCUUUUUAAGCUUGUUAUUUGUUAAAAAGAAAAGUGUGUUGGUUUCCUAAAAUACUCCUUCUUUUAGUCAUUUAUAUUGAACACUAUCCUAUUGAUUGUACAUAUUUGAAAAAAUAAAAUAAACAUGGGAGAAAGAGAAAAUUGAUGUCUUAUAUUUAAGACUAAAAUAAACUUCUCAAUUGCUCUAGAUUUAAAACCAGAAGGAAUAUCAUUUGUAGAGGGACCCUAGUGAAUGGGUUGUGAUUUGGUAGUGAAGUUAUACAUGAGGUAUAAUUAGGGGUGGAAGGACUAGGUGUCCUAUCAGGGGCCUACAACUUGACCUACUUUAAGCCUGACAUGACUUAUUUACUAAAUAGGUCAUGUCAGGUUCAAGCCUCUGUUAGGCUCUUUUUGCUAAAUAGACACUAUUUUUAUAAAGCUUAGCCUACUAGCCCUAUGCAUCAGUUUAUUUACAUAUAUAUAUAUAUAUUAUUACAUAAUAUAGUACAUAUGUAUAAUAUGUAAAAGCCUACUAGUCUUAUGCAUCAGUUUAUUUGCAUAUAUAUUAUUAAUAUAGUACAUAUGUAUAAUAUGUAAUGUAUAAUAUAUAUAAUAUUUAAUUUAGGAAUUUGGAACCCUUUCUUUGGCUCCUUUCUUCUCAUUCUUCCUUUGAAACAAAACUUGAAAGCACUAGACAGGUUCUUUCUGGCCUGUGUUUUUUUUUAAUUAGCUUUUGUUUGAUAAGUUGAUGAUAUAUCCAUUUUACCAUUUGAUUUUUAAUCAAAUUGUUCUAUUUUAUUUCUAGUUUCUUGGUUAUAUUUUCAAAUAAAUUGAACUUAUGUAUUAAUUUCAAUGUUGCUACUGUAGCUUACAAGUUCUAUUGCUUAUUAUGUAUUUUAGUUGAUUAAUCAAGUUGUGCAUAGGUAGGCUUUAAUAGUUCUAAAGCCUAUUAUGUAAGCCUAUUUAGGGCCCAUUUUGUUUCUUCUUCUUUUCAAUGAAAAGAGGACUUUUUUUUUUUGAAAAAAUUAUUUAGUGAAAUUUUAUGAUGCUCGUUUAACUUUUUAAAAUAAUCAAAAUCUGAAAAAAGGCAGAUGUCUAAUUAUUUUGAUGAGUUAAUUUGAAUAACUUCUAAGAAUAAUAUGAUACAUUAGGUUAGAGUGAAUUCUAUAACAAUGCGAAGACACUCAAAGCUAUGAUAAAAUUUUAAAAUGAGUAAAAAUAAAUGAUUUUUUUAUGAAUAGAGAUCCAUGAAGAUAUUGUAAAAUCUAAACAUAACUAAAUAAUAAUCACUUUUGAUUAUUGUAACUAAAUAUAAAAUAAUGUUUGUUUUUUUAAUAAAAUAUCUACAAAAUAAACCUCAUUUCAUAAAAUUUGUAAAUUAUCUAAAAAUCAUUUUUUUAUCUUAAAUAAAUGGGCCUCGCCUUGCUAGAGCUUUCCUUUUCACUUCACUUUGUUGCAUAGGCAACCUCUUUUCGGGGCUCUCCCCAUCGUGGGAGUCCUCCUCACUGGGAGUCCACUUAUUGGGAGGUUUCUACUUGGAGCAUUCUGAGUUCGAGGAGGGAUUUGUCUUGGGGUGGGUUUUAGUUUGUAUGUGGGUUUAGGUGAGUGCGUUUGUGAUAUCUGGUGGCAAUAUGGGGUCAAGGAGUUUUGAUGGUUUGGAGGAGAGUUCUUACUGCCAGGAUUGCGCACUGAAUAACGAUGAAUGUGAUUUUGACAAUAUCGUGAUGGUGGAGGAUCUUUGGUUG